AUGACUCGAGCGCACGCUUUUGUCGCGGCUUUCCUUCCGGUAGUGUCCGCGGCGGUCUUCACCGGUUCAUCUUGGCCUGCUGGAGACACCGCUGACGUCGUGCAGAGGCAAAGGGUUUCCAGCCUUCGCGGAAGCAGGAGACGAACCACCUCAGAGCCGCCGACUCCGCCGGCCAUGUGCAGCAGCAUCGGAUGCCCCGACGGCUACAUCCCCAUCCCCGACCACGACACCACCGAGUGUCCCGGCGGCGACUGCACGGUGGAAGCGUGCUGCGAGGCCAUGUGCGCGGGAUACGGGUGCCCGCACCACUACCUGCCGAUCGAAAGCGAGGCCCAAGAGCUUUGCCACGGAGGCGUCUGCACCACGGAGCAGUGCUGCGAACCGGCCCGCCCGACGUGCAGCAGCAUCGGAUGCCCUGACGGCUACACCCCCAUCCCCGAACACUACGCCACCGAGUGCCCCGACCGCGAUUGCACGGUGGAAGUGUGCUGCGAGGCCAUGUGCGCGGGAUACGGGUGCCCGAACAACUACACCCCGAUCGUAAGCGAGUCGCACGAGCUCUGCCACGGCGGUAUCUGCACCACGGAGCAGUGCUGCGAGACAGGCGCCGCCACGCCUGCGGAGCCCGACUACGACACCUGCUCGUCCGUCCAGUGCCCCAGCGAGACCCACCGCCCCAUCGAAGGCGCCGAAGAGAAGACGUGCAGGACCGCCGAUCUCAUGGCGCCGACACCCGCUCCGCGUGACGGGGGCGGCAGCUACGCGUUCGAUUACGAGUUCUCCUCGGAUGAAUGGGACGACUAUGUGGCGGGAUACAGCUAUUACUUUGGCUACGGCACGGGGGAGGAGGGCGGCAAGGCGUUGGACGGGGGGAGCCACUUGGACGGAGCGGAGGAGUACUGCGACCUCAGCACUUGCUGCGAGGAGAAAGAGUACGGCCUUUGGGGUCUCGAGUGAGAGUCGAACGCUUCAUCCGAAGUCAUAAGAUGAAAGACAACACCGCGCAAGUGUCCCGAGACGGGUUCGUCCAGCCCGAACGGUCAUCUCUGGCUACCGGAAGCUGACAAAAUGGAGCUCCACCGACGGACGCUGUACGGACGCGACGUUUACGUCACGUGUAGCUUUCGCGGCUAUAUUCUACCAUUGCGCCAUCCCUUUGAGAUGGUGUUUCUGACGGGCUUUCUUUGUCAUAAGUUCAGGCCGGCGUUCUUUUUUGGCCGGUGUCUUCCGGUGGUGUCGGUUGGGGACGUUGAUCUCGUCGCAUUUGUUGUCUUUACUCGUUCAGUCUGGGAAUAGCUUCACUGCUGUUGCGCGCAAAGAAGACCACCUAUUGACCUACCUACGCCAGAGGGUCAAGCCGGGUGUGUCUGUUGUAAGUGACGAAUAUGUGCGUGAGGUAUGCAUUCGUAAGUGUAAGAACCUGGGAGGGGGGGGGGGGGUUGCGUGUCAACUGGGGGGUGGGGGCGUAUUUCGUGUGGUCCUUCCUUGUUCAUGCAGGCCAAAAUUGUUUUUAUGUACACAAGUAUCGUACCAUUCACAAUCGCCGUGGUAUCGGUAUUAAACUGCAUGGUACGAGCAGAUUUGUCGCUAGUGCUGUUCUCGAUGUGUGUUUCUUGGUGUUCUCGACGUUUGUUUCGAUGUUUGUUGCUGUUGUAGUUGCUCUGCCAUGGUUUCCGAUUUUGGGAAAAGACUAUUGCACCUUGGACCAUACCCGUGUACAAGCUCUUCCUCCCUUUACUUGAUCGGCCUUAGGCGUCGUAUUGCAGAUAGUUGUCUAGCGUCUCUGAAGCUAGCUAUGUUGCCAAACCAGCCAGCGUGAAACGAGCCAUUGAUGUACAUGGUGUACGUGGUGCUCUGUAUGCCGGGUACAUCAUUGAGUGUGUAAUUGCCUUCGUUGGAAUCGGGAAUCGAUUGGUGGUGGGGUGGCCUGGGGUAGACUUUUUUUGUAAGGCGUAAGAAGAAUUUUUGGAUUGGGUGCCGUCUCCUUGAAGGUGCUGCUUUGUUCAAAUGUAGAAAACCUGUCUCGUACGAAAGAAAAUUGAACUACAGAAA